UCUCUCCGUCUCUUUGCUAUUACGUGUGGGGAAAUAAGGCUCUUUCUUCAACUUCCGGAGGCGCCAUCUGUGAGGCCAGAAACAUGCCGACCGGCGACUAUGACUCGAAGCCCAGUUGGGCCGAUCAGGUGGAGGAGGAGACGGAUGAUGUGGAACCCUUAAGUCCAGCUCUUCCUAAAUUGGAUCACUCCACCAUUGUCCUUGACCAGCCCCGAGAGGUGAUCAACGGCAACAUCAAAACCGUUACGGAGUACAAACUUGAUGAGAAUGACAAGAAAAUCAAGAUUGUUCGCACUUUUAAGAUUGAAACUCGCAAAGCUUCAAAGACUGUGGCUCGAAGGAAGAAUUGGAAGAAGUUUGGCAAUUCGGAAUACGACCCACCAGGACCAAAUGUGGCCACCACCACAGUUAGCGAUGAUGUUCUGAUGACCUUCAUCACCAACAAGGAAGAUCUGAAUAGUCAGGAGGAGGAAGACCCCAUGAACAAGCUGAAGGGUCAAAAGAUUGUUUCUUGUAGAAUCUGUAAGGGUGACCACUGGACCACAAGAUGCCCCUACAAGGAUACCUUGGGACCCAUGCAGAAGGAAUUGGCUGAACAGCUCGGCCUCUCCACAGCAGACAAGGAAAAGGUUCCAGGAGCAGAACCUGAACCAGCACAGGCCCCAGUAAGCAAGACUGGAAAGUAUGUCCCUCCCAGUCUGAGAGAUGGUGGAAGCAGAAGAGGAGAGUCCAUGCAGCCUAACAGGAGAGCUGAUGACAAUGCCACCAUUCGUGUAACCAACUUGUCUGAAGAUACCCGGGAAACUGACCUCCAGGAGCUUUUUAGACCUUUCGGGUCAAUCUCUCGUAUCUACUUGGCCAAGGAUAAGACCACUGGCCAAUCAAAGGGUUUCGCCUUUAUCAGCUUUCACCGUAGAGAGGAUGCAGCUCGUGCCAUUGCUGGAGUUUCUGGAUUUGGUUACGAUCAUCUAAUUCUCAACGUGGAAUGGGCCAAGCCCUCCACCAACUAAGCUGAGCGUUGCUGUCUGUUAAUGGAAGAGCCAUAAGUUAUCUUGCUUUGGGUGGCUUGGCUAAUAAAUGAAUUUGAUGGAAAAA